CGAUAUUUACGUCACAUAAAUACAGCUGCUGUCGCCUCAUACGUUUUAUUAUCAGUCAGUUCAUUGACAGCUCGGACACUCUCAAUUAUCGGUUUCGAUUCAGCAGAUAUGGCAGCAGUUGCAGUUAUCUCAAAUCAGAAUGUGGUGGAGAGGGUGAGCAGCCUCCCACUCGUUUGCUCCACCUAUGGCCUGGUGUCCAGUGUGUACUGCAACACCAAAGACACCCACCCAUACUUCAAGACUGUGUGUGAGGCUGCUGAACAAGGCGUGCGCAACAUCACCUCUGUGGUCGUCACCACAGCUUCACCCAUCAUUUACAAGCUUGAACCUCAGAUUGCCAUUGCCAAUAACUUGGCCUGUAUAGGUUUGGACAAGAUUGAGAAAACCUUGCCAAUUCUUCAUCAGCCAUCUGAGCAGGUUGUUUCCAGUGCCAAGGAUGUGGUCACCAACGCUAAAGAUGUUGUGACGGGCAAAGUGUCCGGUGCUAAGGACACAGUUUCAGACACUCUUACCAGUGCAGUGGAGAAGACUCGGGGUGCGGUGCACGAUGGAGUGGAGAAGACCAAAGCGGUUGUCAGUGGAAGUGUGAUCACUGUGUUGGAAAGCAGAGUGGCCCGGCUGGUCAGCAGUGGAGUUGACACCGCCCUCAGCACCUCUGAGAGUCUGGUGGAGCAGUACCUGCCUCAGACAGAGGAUGAGCUGGAAAUGGAGGCAAAAAAUGUGCAUGGCUUUGACAACAGAGAGAGGAGUUACUAUGUCCGGCUGGGUUCCCUCUCCACCAAGCUCAGGAAGCGGGCCUACAAUGGGGCCCUGAAUAAAAUCCAGGAUGGCAAGGAGAGGAGCAGGAAAUUCAUUUUUGAGCUGAACUCUACUGUAUACCUGAUUGAAUAUGGCAGAAAGAACAUUGGCGGGGCUAAUCAGAUGGUAAAUGAGAAGCUGAGCUCGCUGGUGGGGUGGAAGUCCAAUGGUUCAAACCAGGACAAUGGUCACGAGGCAGAGGCUAUCGAGUCUCGCACCCUAGAAUUGGCUCGUUCCCUCACCAAGCAACUCCAGACCACCUGUCAGGUCCUCGUCUCUGGACUCCAGGGCCUCCCCAACCACAUCCAGCAGGAGGCGCUCUCCCUCAGCCGCUCUGCUACACACGUCUACAACAACUUCAGCAAAGCCAAGGUGCUGGGAGACCUCCCUGACAGCAUCCUGACCAGCAGCAAAGUCCACCUCAGCCAAAUGAAAGACUCCCUGGAGAAUGUCAUGGAUUAUCUGGUCAACAACACGCCGCUCAACUGGCUGGUUGGUCCUUUCUACCCACGUAUGGAGCUAGAGCAGAGUGAAAGACCAGCUUCUGCUUCAGAAGCAACUUCCGCCAGCUCUCUAUCUGCUCAGACACACCCAGAGGAGCCCAUGGAAGUGGAAAUGCAGUCACUUCAAUCAAAGCACUAGUGGGCUAUUACUGCUUUUAUUUUUCAGUUUUAAAGCUACUUUCUGCUUUGACUUUCUUCAAAUCUUCUUUUUUAUAUCUAUUUUAAGCCUUUUUAAAUUAACAUUUCAAUAACAUCUUAAAUAUGAGGUCUGUCAACUCUCUGCAUCAUUUCACAAUAGAAUCAUGUACUGGCAAAGCUUGAUAUCACUUCUCUCAAAAUAAACAUGAAAGCAAUUUUA